AUGUUUUUCUCCCAAGAGCCAGUCGUAUCCCAAUGUCCGGGUUCUCAAGAAAUUGAGUUCGGCACAGAUGAAUUCCAAGAAAUCCUGUCCUCCUUUCAAUCACCGACCCAGUAUUGUAAUGAAUCUCUAGAUGAUCAACUCUUGUCCCAGCUCUUUCAAUCAAGAGACUCGGUCGAUCCAAACUCCGGUUCCGAGGGCUCGAACCGGGCGGUUUAUACGUACGAGGAGAGGCAGCUCAGACGCAAGGAAUCGAACCGCAAGUCAGCCCGGCUUUGCCGCUGGCGAAAGAAAAGGCAUCUACAGAACCUCACGUACGAAGCGAACCGGUUGAAAAUGGAGAACCAGGAAUUAAAGAACGGUUUGGGCUUAGUUUUACAUCAAAGUCAUGUAAUAUGGGCGGAUAAUCAGCGGUUAAGAUCAGAAUCCAUAGAUCUCAGUGCCAGGCUUUCGGAUCUAUACCAAAUCUUAUGUACCAUGCAAUCACCGUAA